AUGUAUUGCAAAUCUUUACUGAUAGGUCAUAGCCGUAUUGUCAACAUUGCCGUGGGCGUGUUUAUGGUGCUUGGUGGUAUUAGCAACUUCUUCAGCGGCAGCUGGAGCUCCUUCAUCCUCGGCGCCUACGCCGUUGCCUUCGGUCUUGUCGUUGGUGGUCUUGAGUUCCUGCCUCACGUCCCCGACUACGCCUACCGCUACGCGUCUUUCCUCUUCUCCUUCCUGGGCCGUGGUGUCUUCUACAUCUUCAUCGGUUCCAUCCUGCUGCACGACCAUGUGCUGCGCAUCAUCGACGGUUCUCUGAUUGGCCUCAUCGGUGUCGCCUACGUUGCUCUCGAGUUCAUCCCGUCCAUUGAACCUCCUUCCAACAUGCGCGAGGCUGAUCAGGGUUGGGGUGCCGAGCAGGUCUAA